AUGAAUGAUACUCUAUGUUCAAACUUUGAUUAUUUGAGGAAUUAUUUACCUGAUGAAUUAAGCGAUAAUCCAAAACUUGAACUUAAAAGUAUUAAAAAUUACAAUAACUACUGCCCUAAUGAUAACUGCAAUACUGACCUAGAUAAAAUUACGGUUGGAUUUUUAUGGUUACUUGGAGAAUGUUAUUCUGCAUUAAAAAAUAAAGUUCAUGAAAAUAGUAUUAAUGCAUUUUUUAUAUAUUUGAUUUCAUGGCUAAGUUACAAAUUAAAUCAAAACUUAGGGCACGGUUUCAUUAAAAUAAACGAUUUUUAUACUAAUAGUGUAAUGAAUAGUGGUAAAUAUAGUAAAUUUACAACUGAAGCCUAUAGAUUUUCAGGUAUUGACGAAUUUAUAGAUAAACAAAGUGAUUUUCUGAAUAUUAAUAUUGAAGAUAUGUCUAAAUUUUAUGAUGUAUUUAAGUUAUUAUGUAGUAUGCAUGGUAAUUUAGCAACGAAUAAAAAUGACGAUGCACUGUUUAAUGCGAAUGAUUUUGUUAAAAAUUAUGCAAGGCUUAAAAAUGAUCAUAAUAUUGAAGGUGCCGCAGGUAGUAAAAUAUUACCUGUUUUAUCAACUGGUUAUAAUAAUUUAAAAGCUAAAUGUAAAAAUUGCCCAUCCCUUCCAGAGACAGAAGCAGAAAUUUCCGCACUAGCAUCUGAAUAUAUAUCAUCAAGUUCGUCGAUAGGAAGCAAGUUCUUUACAGUUUUAUCUAUAUUUGGUGCAAUAGCAUUUUUUUUAGGAAUUUCUUAUAAGUAUUCGUUAUUUGGAUUUCGGAAACGAGCUCAAAAACAAUAUUUAAGAGAAAAAAUAAAAAAUAUAAAGAAGAAAAUGAAUCAUUAA